AUGCAGUUCGCUCUGCCUCCUAGGAGGAAUCCGCAUACUUCUUCAUAUGCCCGCUCUCCCAGACUCUCAUUACAGCGCAGGAAGCAACUCAAGGCCGCUGCCAUUCUAGGCCUUGCGCUCGUCACGAUCUUUUUUCUCCUCACAUAUCUGUCCAGCUCCAGCGCAGCGUCUAUAUCUGUCUCUACUGGGACGUCAAGUGUUGUCAUUGUGACGGUUCUAGACCGGGCCCGCUUUAGCGAUGAUUACGUCCAGAAGAUCAUUAAGAACAGAGAGGAUUAUGCGAGCCGACACGGCUAUAUCAAUUUCUUCGCAUCUGUCUCCGACUAUGACGCCGCCCUGGACAACGCUCCGCGGAGCUGGGCGAUAGUCCCAGCGAUUCGCCAUGCGAUGGCAUCUCACCCUCGCGCGGCCUACUUCUUCCACUUGGAUCCCCAUGCCCUGAUCAUGAACCCUAGCAAGUCUCUGGAGUCCCAUGUUCUCGAGAAGAACCGGCUUCAAUCAUUAAUGCUCAAGGAGACUCCUGUGGUGCCGCCGGAUAGCAUCAUCAAGACCUUCUCGCAUCUGAAGCCAGAUGACGUCGAUCUCAUCAUGAGCACGGAUAGCGAGGAUCUCAACCCGGGUAGUUUGUUGCUUCGACAGGGUGAAUUUGCGCGGUUCUUCCUUGACCUCUGGUUCGAGCCUUUGUAUCGGAAAUACAACUUUCAGAAAGCUGAGAUGCAUGCUUUGGACCAUAUCAUUCAAUGGCACCCGACCGUUCUUGCAAGGUUGGCACUGGUUCCUCAACGCAUUAUGAAUGCUUACAGCAAAGAUUCUUCAACUGCCUCUGUAGACGGCACCUACAAGGAUGGAGACUUGAUCAUUCGAUUCUUUGGAUGCGAUUCCGACCCCAAGCGCAACUGUGAGAAGGAGAUGGAUCCAUACUACAACCUAUGGGCUAAGAAAUUGAAGAGUGGAUAA